AAUAAAAAAAUCGGCUAAAAUAUUGAGAAUUGGAUGAAUUGAAUUUACAAAAUUCUAGUCUAAAAUUCAUUUGUGAUUUUUAUGAUCAUCAUAAUAAAAUAGUGAUGAUAAAUGGUAAUGUAGGAAGAAUGACAAAAUUUUGGUCAUUGAAAAAUAUAUAAAAAAAAAUUAAAUCACAAACUAAUCUGUCUUGUCAUCGAAUGUGUCAUCAUAUGAACAUACAUAGAAAAAACAAAACCUACAACAUCAUUGUAAAAAAACAACAAAUGUAUAAUUCUCCUUGACAAAAAAAGAUCGGAUUUGUUUUUUCAGUCAAAAAACAAGUGAGCAAAUUUUUUUUGUAUUAGCUCGAAAAAUCAGUCCACACCACACUCCAGUAAUCAAUGACCACAUUAAAAUCUCCAACAUCUGAAUCAUCAUUAUUUGUUAUAUCACCGGAUCAAAAAGCUAAAUAUGAACAACAAUUUAAGAAAAUAUGUCCGGCCGGUGAUUUUGUCAGCGGACAACAGGCACGUGAACUUAUGUUACAAUCAAAAUUAUCGCCACAAAUAUUGGCACAUAUCUGGAAUCUAUCCGAUGUUGAUGCCGAUGGCCGUAUGGAUAUAAAUGAAUUUUGUAUUGCAUUACAUUUGAUUGCAUUGAAAUUAAAGGGCGUUGAAUUGCCAACGGUUCUACCACAAUCAUUAAAGGUUUUGGUUGAACCACCACCACCAUUUGCAGCAUUCAAUUCAUCAUCGUCAUCAUCUGAACUAAUAAAUAAUGUUAUGGUUAACUCCCAACAACACUCGUCCACAAUGGUUAUGAAACCAACAACAACAGUUGGUAUGAGUCCAUCGAAUAGUGUACAACAGAUGAAACCUGCAAUGACAAAAUCUGCUCCAUCACCGACGGCAAAUGUGGCCGAAUGGGCUAUACCGCAGCCAAUUAAAUUGAAAUAUACUCAAAUGUUCAAUUCUCAUGAUCGUCAACGUACCGGUUUUCUUACCGGUAUUCAAGCACGUAAUAUUCUAUUAGAAUCGAAAUUACCGCAAACAACUUUGGCACAGAUAUGGAAUCUUUCCGAUGUUGAUACCGAUGGACGAUUAACAUGUGAAGAAUUUGUGUUGGCUAUGCAUCUGGUUGAUAAAGCCAAACGUCAAGAAUCAUUACCGGCAAAAUUACCCGCCGAUCUAAUUCCUCCAUCAUAUCGUCGUAGUGGUAGUGGUACAUUAUCACAUGCAUCGUCAUUGGAUGAUCCUUCUUCCGAACAUAAUGAUCUAAGUACGGCAAGUAAAAGUAGUUUUGAAGAUAAACGUCGUGAAAAUUAUGAAAAAGGACAAGCUGAAUUGGAUCGCCGCCGUGCUGCAUUACAGGAACAAGAACGUCGUGCACGUGAAGAACGUGAACGUAAAGAACGGGAAGAGAAUGCACGUAAAGAAAAAGAACGUUUAGAAGCUGAACGUCGACGGCAAGAAGAAUUGGAAUUACAGCGGCAAAAAUUACGUGAACAAGAAUUAGAACGUGAAGAACAGAAACGUCGACAACAAGAGGUACGAGAAUUGGCUCGUAAAGAAAUGGAACGACAAAGACAACGAGAAUUGGAACAGGCACGACGAUCAGAAUUAUUAACUCAACGAAGUCGAUUAAUGGAAGAAGUACAGAAAUUGAAAUCACGUCGUAAAGUGCUUAUAUUGGAACAUGAACAGAUUGAUAAACAAUUAUCGGAAUCGAAAAAAUUAGCGCAAACAUCACGUGAUCGUGUGGUACGUAUUAAAUCCGAAAUCGAUGGAAUGCGUGUAAAACGUGAUCAAGCAUUGGCCAAACAAACACAAAUUAAAGGGCAGAUGAAAUCAUUGACUGAAAAGCAAUUAUUAGUUGAACAGGAAAAAGUACAAUUGGCAGCACAAUUAAAAUCAUUGAUAGCCAAUGCAACAAGUAAUGGUGUUAAUGCCGAACAACAGCUUACAUCAUUUGCAUCGAUUUUACAGGCAAAACAAUCACAGUUGAAUCAGCUACGAUCACAAUUAGAACGUAUGCAAGAGGAAUAUAAAACGAAAAAAGAAGAUGUGUUGAAUAGUAAACAAGAAUUGGAACGAUUGAAACAAUUGUAUCAAGAGAAACGACGUAAAGCAUCGAAAUUUGCUGAACAAUUAGAAGAUAAACGUGUGGAAGCGGAAAAAGUUCGUGAUGGUAAAGCAUCAUCAAAAUAUGCUGCCGAUUCAGAUGUUGCAUGGGGACAGGAGGUACCAACAAAUUUUGAAUGGCCAUCACAAACCGGAACAACUGAAGAUAAAAGUGUUGCUGGUGGCGAUCAAUGGUCCAAUCAAAAUGUAGCAACGGUCAACGCAACGAAUACAACAACAAUACGAACAAAAUUUCGUUAUCGUUGUGUAUUUGAAUUUGAUGCAAGAAAUUCGGAUGAAAUUACCAUUAAACCGGGUGAUUUAAUUAUGGUUGAUACAAGUGCUUGUUCGGAAGAAGGGUGGCUUUCCGGUGAGAUUAAUGGUAAAAUUGGUUGGUUUCCAAAAGAUUAUGCCAUAUUGGAUGAUGAUGGUAAUGAAGAACAACAACAACAAACAGCAACGGCUGUGGCUACAACAACAGCAACGACCAUCGGACAAGAUAUUGUACGUGAAGCAAUUGCAUUAUAUGAUUGGUCAUCAACAGAAACUGGCCAUUUAUCAUUCAAUAAAGAUGAUCAUCUUCGCAUAACACAACAACAAGAUUCAUGGUUUUUUGGCGAUCUAUUAGAUUCGAAUGAUGGUCAUGUGAUUGGAUCUGGUUGGUUUCCUGAAAGUUAUAUUCAAAUUACUUCAUCAUCCUCCAGUGUUGUUGAUACUACAAGUGGCAUUGGUGAUACAUCAAUACCAUCAUCAUCACAGUAUUAUGUUAGCUUAUUUGCAUUCGAAUCAGUUGAACCUGGUGAUCUUGGUUUCGAUGUUAAUGAAUUGAUUAAAGUGGAAAAACAAGAUGGUGAUUGGUGGACUGGUAUCAUUGUUGAUCGUAAUACAGGUAAAGUGGAUGAUAAUCGCCGUGGAAUAUUUCCAUCGAAUUUUGUUGGACCAGCUGAUCCGGCAGAAAUUUUGAAAAUUUGUGCUUCUGAAACAAAAACAAAAUCGACAACUAACCCUAAUGCUUCCGUUAAUGAUACUAAUACUGCUGCUGUUGCUGCUGCUUCAACUUCUUCGGCCAAAGCCGCCCAUCAACCACUUGAUCGUAAAGAAUCGGAAUCAAUUAUCGAUUCUCCGAAACCAUCGAAAAAAUCUAAGGCAAAAAAACAGGAAAUUGUACAAGCAGUUGCUGCAUAUACAGCUACCGGUCCCGAACAAUUAUCAUUAGAAAUUGGACAAUUAAUACAGGUUCGAAAGAAAACACAAACAGGAUGGUGGGAAGGUGAAUUACAAGCGAAAGGAAAAAAGAAACAAGUUGGUUGGUUUCCGGCUUCAUAUGUUAAACCAUUAGGUGGUGGUGUUGGUGGUACAUCAGCUUCUGCUGCUGCUGCUACAGCAACUGGAACAUCAACAACAAAUCUUUCGACAACUAAUGAACCAUCAUCCUCAUUUAAACAGCCGAAUGAUGAAGUUGAACUCGAACGUGUACAAGCUUUAUAUGCAUUCAAUGCGCAACGUGAGGAUGAAAUUAGUUUUGAAAAAGAUGAUAUUAUACGUGUUUUAAGUAAAACUGAUCCAACAUGGUGGCGUGGUCAUAAUAUUCGUACGGAUGCAAUCGGCUUAUUUCCUUCGAAUCAUGUUCAAGUGUUAUCAACAUCAACAUCGAAUGGUGUGACAAAAUCAUCGGAUUCGAAUUUAGCAUCAUAUAAACAUUGGCGUUAUUCAUUGCCUACUAUGACUUGUAAUGAUGAUCAGUUUAUAAAUCAUCAUGAUGAUAAUUAUGGUCAUGAUGUUGAUGAUGAUUCAUUCGAUGAUGAUGAUGAUUCAUUUGAUGAUGAAUAUAAUGAAAAUGGCCAAAUGUCAAAAUCAGAGAAACCACAGAUUCUUCCAUUUCAUAAUAAUAAUGAUGAUGAUGAUUCUUUUGAUGAUGAUUCAUCUGAUGAAAUCAAAUCAAACACCGGUAGUAAUAAUAGUGAUACUUUGAAAUCAACCAUUCAUCAAAAUAAUGUAAAUCAUGUGGAAAAUUCGUGUGAAAAACGACAGAAUUUAAUUUUUGAACUAAUCAGCACUGAACAUGAUUAUAUAAAAGAUUUAUAUUUUGUCAUCGAGAAUUAUAUAGAUCGUAUCGAACAAAGUCAAUUGAUUGACGUAAAAGAUUUUGAAUUAAUUUUCAAUCAUUUUAAAGAUAUUUAUGAUAUUAAUCGAAUGUUUUUUCAAGAUCUAAGUCAACGUUUACAAGAAUCAAUGAAUCGUGAUUUUAAUUUCUGUGAUCUAUUUCAUCAUUAUCUGGAACGAAUGCAGCCAAAUUAUAGAAAAUUUUUCUCAAAUCAAAUACAAGCAUCCGUACGGCUACAGAAUAUGAUUGAAAUGAAUCGUACGUUUGAAAAUCUAUUACGACAGAUUUCGAUCGAGACGAAAUCACAUUUGCCAUUAAGUUCCUAUCUGAUUAAACCGAUGCAAAGGAUAACAAAGUAUCCAUUGUUAAUCGAAAAAAUUCUUCAUCAUACACCACCUAAUCAUGGUGAUUAUAAUGAUUGUCAAAAAACAUUGGAAUUUGCUCGAAAAUUCUGUAUCGAUCUAAAUGAAACUUGUCGAAAAACGGAUAAUUUUGAUAAACUUCAUUGGAUACAGCAACAUGUACGGAUACCGGCAAAAACAUUGCGACGAUCUAUUGAUUUUAAUUCGGAAACACAAUUUCUUGGGCCACGUACAUUAAUACGUACGGGUAUUUUAAUCAAAAGUCCAUCAUCCAGAGUAUUGGUUGGAUUUUUAUUCAAUGAUUUUUUUAUGCUUGCAACACCGGAUAAAAGUGGCCUGAAAUUAAGAAAUGUAACAAAUUUUUUUCAAACAAAAAGUGCCUAUUCAGCUACAUAUACACUUUAUAGAAAACCAAUGUUUUUGGAUCGAUUUCAAAUGGCCGAUCUAAUCGGUUUCGAAUCACAAUUGAAUCCAUUUUUAUUUCGGCUUUAUUUUAAACAUGAAAAACGUUAUCUAAAUCUACGUUCACAUUCAGCGAAUGAUUGUACAAAUUGGUUGAAUGAUAUAUAUCGUGCACAGCAAAUAUAUAAAGAUAUAUUGUCCAAAUUGAAUCGAAACAAUAUCAUAUCGGUGGGUAAACCAUGUGGUAGUCUAUUCAUAACCGUUGUUGAAGCUGUACAAAUCUAUACCAUUAAUCCCGAAAUCAAUGUACAAAUACAGAUUUCUAUUGGUCAUGAUUGGGAUCAUAUAACGGCAACAUUUCAAACAUCUAUUAUUACAUGUCCGAAAAGAAAUUUUUUACAGAAAAAUAAUUCAUUCAAUCGAAUGAGUAGUCUUAGUCUUAGUACGAAUAAUCUUAAUAAUCUAAAAUCGGAACAUCGGCCACUAUCACCAGCAGCAGCAAUAAAAAUAUCUUCAUUUGGAGGUCCAUGCCGUGUUGAAUGGAAUCAUGAUACAAAAUUAUUACUUUAUAAUCUUGAUGAUUAUCUAUUAAUACGUUGUUCAGAUGUUAAUCCAUUCGAGCCACGUCGUUGUCUAGGUGAAAGACGAUUAUUAUUACGGAAUUUAUUAGAUGAAAGUCGUUCGAUAGGUGGUACUAUGACACAAAAUAUUCAGUUACAUGCACCACAAAAUCAGGAACGUUUUAUAAAUCUUUUCGAUCAUAGCCAUCAACAUUGUCGACCAUCAUUAUUGAUUAAAUAUAAAUUUCUUUUAUACAACAACAGCUAAAUUAAAACGAACACAAAACAUUCCAUUUUUUUUCAGUUCCUAUGUAUAUAGAAUAUUAUUUUUUUAUUAUUGAUAAAUUAAAAGUCAAAAAAAAAAUUUACCCAUGAAACCCAUUUGGCAGCUUCGAA